UCACUUCUCCUACUAGGGCUGCAGUUUGUAGACUCUCAGGGAGUUUUCAAAAAAAAAAUCACAGGUGGAGGUCGAAGGGGUUUUAGACCCUGGAGAGAACCUCCCUGGAGUCUACCCUGCAUCUUUGGAGAGGUUGGACUUGGGUCCAGGCACCCAACAGCACCCCUUGCCAAUCAUCUGUGCUCCCACCCCCAGCCCAGGCCUCUUGGAGGCUCUGAGGCAAACUGGGGGCUUGUGGGGUGGGGUUGAGAAGACCUGCUGUACGUGCCACCUCUGUGACCCAGGAGCACUGCAGCUCCCCUCAUCUGCGGAGACCAAGAAAGAUACAGAAACCCACCUUGCCAGCGAACCUUUCUUGACAAAAAAAUGGACAGGAAGAGUGAGUCUCUGUUACCGUAUUAUACAGCCCAGAACGGUUCUGGGGUUGGCAUGUUCAACACCACCAUGGGGAAAUUACAGCGGCAGCUACACAAAGGAGAGUAUGACAUAUUCAAGUACGCACCAAUUUUCGAGAGUGACUUCAUCCAGAUCACCAAACGUGGUGAGGUGAUUGACGUCCACAACCGGGUCCGAAUGGUGACUGUAGGCAUUGCAUGCACCAGUCCCAUCCUUCCACUCCCCGACGUCAUGCUACUGGCCCGACCAGCACCGUGCGAAGAUGUUUCUGGCCGUGGUCUGUCCAACAACAAGGGCAAAAAACGCAAGACCUUGGAGCUCACUAGGCUCCUCCCUUUGAAGUUUGUAAAGAUUUCCAUUCACAAACGUGAUAAACAGCAGCUACGCCUCAAGUUCGCUACUGGCCGUUCUUGCUACCUGCAGUUGUGUCCCCCUCCCGAAAGCAAGGAUGAUCUCUUUUACUACUGGGAAAAAUUGAUUUACCUCCUGAGACCGCCCGUGGACAGUAACAGCAGUACCUACGCCAUCCCUGCAGGGGACAUGAUGAGCAUGCCUCUUCUGGAUGAAGAACAUAAGAUAACUCAAAAAGCGGACACCCAAGGGAAAAAGGAGCCAGACCAGGUCAGUGUCAAAAGCCUCACUGUCGCCGCAGAGAUGAGUGAGAUCAGCUCUUCUGCUUUUGCUGGUGGGGAGGGAAUCCAUCAUGACUCUCACAUAGCCACUGUUGUGUCCAGGGUACCCACACCCAAAAUGAACUCAAAAGUCCUUUCCAGAGAGUCAGUAGCAGGGGCGAUAGUGAGUGACCUAAUGGGCACUUUCAGCUUGCCAGCAAACAGAUCCAUAGGCUCUGGACAUAAAAACAAAGCCACAGCAGGGGAGACUGUCAUGGGAGCAAGAGGAAGUAAAAGCUAUUUGACCAUCACAAGUGCUGGCAAGAUGUCACCAAAGAGCAUGAAGAUGGCCUUGUCAGGGGCGGCAAGCAAGUCCUUGGAGUAUAUUCCCAAUUCAUCCUCCAGCCUCUCCCGAAAAGAGAUCAUGACCAUAACAAAUUCAAGAAUAGAAACUACUGGAAAGCCUGCUGGGGAAGCAGCAAACGAGCCAGUCCCAGUCAUCCUUUCCUUGACCGUGCCGAGCGAAAGCCACUCGAGUGAAGACAGCAGUCAUCGGAAAGCCUACACAGCCAAAGCCCGUAAGGAAAGGAGAACAAGAAGGGACCAGAGAGCAAAGGAAAGAGUUAGCAGCAGGGGUGAGCAUCACCACAGGACAGGAGAAAGUCGCAAGACAGCAGGGGACAAGGAGUUUCGAAAAUCAGCCGGCCACAGAGGCGGCAGCAAUGACAAGAAGGACAAAGGGAGCAAGCGCAGCAGGUCACACAAAGGGGUCAGCCACAUCCCCAUCACGAAGGAGUCCCGGAGCUCCCACAAACUGGGCCGGACCCUCUCCACUGCCAGCUCUGUCUCUACGAACAAGAGGAUGGGCAGAAUCAGCUUGUUCCUGAGAAACAUCAGAGCCAACCUGGCCGCAAAAGGCCUGUCAUCACAGCGUGGCCAAGACAUAGACAUCAUAUCCAAGACAUUGGAGAAAACCGAUGUGAACGCCGUCAUGGAGACAGAGGAUGGCCAGGGCCUGGAAAUCAUUGAUUCCGUGACAUCCGAGGUCAUGGAGACAGUGACCUUUGAAGCUCGUUAAAGUACAACUCAGAGCCCAAAAUGGCAAAGAGGAGCCCCUGGAGUCCACUCCAGCUUCCUCAGUGCAGUUUAAAUAAAGAACCAUUC